AUGUCUAUUGGAGACCAAAUGCAAAUGCAAAUAAAACAAUGGCCUCCAUGGUCUGAUCUUGCGUCAAACAUAGCAGAGCGUCUAGGCCCCAUCGAGCUUCUGAGUUUCCAGAGCGUCUGCAAAGCUUGGAACUCUGCUUCUUCCACUGCCUCAGCUAAAAUUGAAUCCACACCAGACUUUGAACCCUGGUUUCUACUGUAUGCUGAGGAUUCUGAUCAUAAUUGCCAAUUGGUCACAGAAAGUGGUAAGAAGUUCUCCGUGAGACUUCCGGAACUGGAUGGAACAACUUGCCUUGCAUCGAACCAAGGAUGGCUUCUUUUGUUCAAGAAACGAGGUCUUGAAGGUGAAGCUGUUGGUAAUUGUGGUGGCGCUUCAUCACUGUUCUUCUUUCGGCCCUUCUCCAAAACAAAAAUAGACCUUCCGGGAUGCCCUUUCUUGGAGCUCUCUGAUCAUGUUGCAGCAUUUUCGUGUGUUCCAACUUCCCGGGAUUGCACAGUUUCUGUCAUAAACCGCGUCAAUGAUUAUGAACCGAAGCUACAUUUACUUCGCCGCGGAGCCAAGGAAUGGUUCCAAUAUGACAUUCCUUGUUCAGGUUUCGGUACAAUCAAUUGCGCUGUUUACCACACUCAAAAACAAGAAUUCUACUUUUUCGACCGUAGAGACUGUGUGCUCAUUAUCAACACUGACAUGAAGAAGAAGCUGGGGUUGCCAGAUGACGUGGACGUUUCGUUUUCUACUUGUGGGACACAAAGGAAGUCUGGUGACCUUGACAGUUUCGUUUACAGUGAGAGCAUUUCUGGCGAUCGUGUUGAAGAAUCCAAGAGCCGUCAACUCAAAGGAGUAUGGAUCUACCCAAAAUUCUUCCAAGUCCCUCCAAAAGAAGAGACUUGUGAAUUUGCUUCAUCACUGCUUUUUGCUCUUUAA